CCGACUGUCAAAGUCUUAGAAGAGCUCCUGAAUACUGGGAGGCCCUCCUGUAACCAUGCGGAUGAAGUAUGGCCUAAUCUUUUCAUAGGAGACCUGUCAUGAAACUGCCCACACCGUUUCCUUCAAGGCUUACAGCCAUAAGCACGUCAAAUAACGGAGUACCAGCAACUUAAUCCCCAAGAUCACGAAAGAGGCGCUCUGUUUAUUCCAGGCCAACAGUGGGCUGGACAUCAGUGGCUAAGAAAAGAAACCAAGCAAGAAGAACCGGAGAGACAGGCUGCUUUACCCUGAUAGCCAAAGUAAGGAAGCUGAGACAGAAGCGAUUCCAAGGGCCUUACAGAAGACAGAAAAAUAAAAGCUAAAGAGGUACCAGAUACAAAGAAAAACCAUAUGUCAAGUGCAUGAAACCCGAAAGCAGGUAUGAUCCAUGCAGAGAACUGCUCUUCCAAGAAUCAUGACUCAGAAAGUAAAAGCCAUUAUGAGACACCAGCCCUCUCUGAAUUACAAAGGAUGAUAUGGAACAGAGGAGGAUCCGACAAUCAUGUGGACCAAGUUUGGCCAAACAUCUACCUUGGAGAUGCGUAAGGGAAUGGAAGAACUACUUCCUGUGGGCAGCUAGGAGUAAAGCAGUCCUUCAGAGCCUUGGCAUUACUCACAUCCUCAAUGCAGCAGAUGGACCGUACAAUAUCAAUACCGGAGCCCGCUAUUACAGGGACAUGACAGUGCAGUACUAUGGGGUCCAAGCAUUUGAUGACAACUCAUUUGAUAUAAGCAUCUUUUUUUAUGACGCUGCCGAUUUCAUUCGCAAGGCCUUAAAUACUGGAGAAGGAAAGGUGUUUGUCCACUGUGCUAUGGGAUUAAGCCGCUCAGCAACUUUAGUGUUGGCCUAUUUGAUGAUCCAUGAAAACCUGACUCUUGUGGAGGCUUUAAAAUCAGUGGAUUCACACAGAGGCAUCUGCCCAAAUACAGGGUUCCUCAGCCAGCUCCGAGCCCUGGACAUCAAAUUAAAUAAUGAGAAGAGAGGCAUCUCAGCAUUUUGAGAGAAAGUUUGUUGCAAACAUUGCAAAACUAAAAUGCCAGUGCAGCAACACUCCACACCAACCAACUGGAACCUGAAGCAAGCCUCGUAUUUGUGUAUCCCCAUUUGUUCAGCCUCCAAACUUUCCCCAGCUAAUCCCUGAUUUCCUGAGCCUUGUAUGAAUGUGCUUGUGUGACUGACUUGCUGUGUGAUUUCCCCCCAAUAAAAGAAACAUUUAAUUAUAAGAAUUCUGCCUA